UUAAAAUCCGUAUUGUUUUCAAAUGCCGCCAUUGUGUCACAUCGUAGUUCUCAACCCCCCGACAAAUUCCUUUCAGUCCUCCCUGUCAAGUUUACCUGCUUCCAAGUUUUUUCAAGUAGAAUCAUUCGCAGUUGUAUCCUCUGAAAGAUUUAUAGUUACAUCAUUCGAUUUCAUCUCGUGGCGUACUCCUUGUAAGACUGCUGAUUGCCCGAUGAGUUUUACGAAUCGACGUGGAUUUUAUCAAAUUAUCAGUCAAGCCAUUGAAAUAGUGUAACAUCAUGUCUGUGACACAAGUAUUCCCCUCUGCUAUAUCGGUCCAUGAUGAAGGUGAAAAUAUUGCUAUGCCAAGAGGCAAGAGCAGUCUGGCACCAAGUGGGAAUUUUAAUGUAUCAGCAAUUAAGCAGAGGGCUGUUCUGGGAGACAUUUGCAGCAACAGAUCGGCUCUUACAAAUGUCGUCUCUGAAGUUGAUUUUAAGAAACCUCAACAUGUGCCUUCCAAAUCUGUUGCAAAGAAGCAAAUUCAAGAAAUAGAGAAUUUACCUCUUCCAUCUGAAAAAGAAGUUGUCAAGCCUGCUGUAGAGGCUCAGAGACGAUCAUCAUUUUCUUCUCAGAAUUUGGAAUUUGACGAUAUUGACACUGAAACUAAUCCCCAGCUAGUUGCUGUCUAUGUCAAGGACAUCUACAAGUAUCUGAAUGAGUUGGAGGAGAAGACUGUCAUCAAGUCCAAUUACAUGGAAAUUGGUUACAAGAUCAAGCCACACAUGCGUACAAUUUUGAUUGACUGGCUGGUGGAAGUGCAUAUUCGUUUCAAACUGCUCCAGGAAACAUUGUACUUGACUGUGGCUACCAUGGAUCGUUUUCUUCAAGUUGAGCCUUCUGUUGUGCGACAUGAUCUACAGCUUGUUGGCCUUACUUCCAUGUUCAUCGCUUCGAAAUUCGAGGAGAUGUACACUCCAGAGAUUGACGAUUUCGUUUUCAUGUCGGACAAGGCCUACACCAAGAAGGAAGUUCUGCGCAUGGAGUUGCGUAUCCUGAAGGCAUUGGACUUCAAUCUUGGUCGCCCUCUUCCUCUUCAUUUCUUGCGACGAUACACUAAAGCUGCUACACACGUCUAUGACUGGGUGGACGUUCUCCAUCACACUUUGUCGAAGUAUUUGAUGGAAUUGUCGCUGCCAGAAUACGAGUUCUGCCAUGUUAUGCCAUCACAACUUGCUGCAGCCUCGUUGUGCUUGUCUCUCAAAAUUCUUGACGAACAUGAAAACCCUAUUGAUGUUUUAUGGAACGACACAUUAAUUUAUUAUUCUGGAUACACUUACGAAGCUCUGGAGCCGAUUGUUGAGAAAUUUUGUUCUUUGAUUAUCAAAUCAGAAACAAGCAAGCAUCAGGCUAUUCGGAGAAAGUAUCGUGUCUCGAAAUUUUACCAAAUCAGCGCCCUUCCACAUCUCAGGUCUCCAGCUACUCAUGCCUUCUUGGCCAAGAUGGCGCUGAAAAACUCGAAUAUUUAACCCAUGUUUCUUAUCCUAAUGAUGGUUGCUAAUUUUAAACGGCACUUUUUUUUCCUUUUCAAGUCAUUGACCGUGACUUUGUGUUUUAUUUCAAAAUUAUCUCGAACGUUCAUGUAU